AGACCGGCCGGCGAGUUUCGCGGGCUGUAGUUCUUCGUUAGGCGUAUUUUUUUAUUCAGCAUUAUUAUUAUUUUUCCUCUCAUCGGAAAGCUGAGAACAGCACCUGUUCCAUUCGAUUUUCUCCGGUCUUUCCAUUCUUUUGUCCGACCAUUGCAAUGAGACCCAAUGAAGCAGUGGAGGCAUCGUUCGCCUCGGAGAUGCGCUUGGACGAAUGGAAGCGGUGGGCGGCUGAGUGCAUCGACGAGUCCUCGGAGCGCCUGGGCGAGCUAAGCCGGGAGAUCUGGAGCCACCCGGAGCUGGCUUACGAGGAGCACCAGGCUCACGCCGCCCUGACGCGCUUCUUCGGCGACCUGCCCGUCUCCUCCUCUUCGGGCGCCUGGUCGGUGCAGCGCAGCUACAAGCUAGAAACGGCCUUCCGGGCGGACUGGAAGUGGGACGGGGCGUCCUGCUCUCCCGCCGAAGCGAGCCAGGCUCCCCCACAGCCACCGCCGCCUCUGCUUCGGCUGGGCUUCCUGUGCGAAUACGACGCCCUGCCCGCCAUCGGGCAUGCCUGCGGGCACAACCUCAUCGCCGAAGUGGGCGCUGCCGCCGCGCUGGGCCUGAAGGGCGCUCUGGAAAGCCUCCGCCAGAGCCCUGCCGGCCUCCCUCGCCAGGCGCCCGCUGUUAAGAUCACAGUGCUGGGUACCCCUGCUGAAGAAGAUGGAGGAGGCAAAAUAGACUUAAUUAAAGCUGGGGUUUUUGAUAGUCUAGAUGUUGUUUUCAUGGCUCAUCCCUCUCAAGAAGAUGCAGCUUAUUUACCUGAUAUUGCAGAACAUGAUGUGACUGUGAAAUACUAUGGAAAAACUUCUCAUGCAGCUGCUUACCCUUGGGAAGGACUAAAUGCAUUAGAUGCUGCUGUACUUGCAUACAACAAUCUGUCCCUUUUAAGACAGCAAAUGAAACCGACAUGGAGAGUACAUGGUAUAAUAAAGAAUGGAGGUGUGAAACCUAAUAUCAUCCCUUCUUACACUGAAUUAGAAUUUUACUUGCGUGCUCCUUCCUUAAGGGAACUCUCUACCUUAAAGGAAAAAGCAGAGAAUUGUUUUAAAGCUGCAGCUCUAGCAACUGGUUGUGAAGUGGAAUUACAAGAUAGUGAAAAUGAUUUCUACAAUGUGCUUCCUAAUAAGACUCUACAAAAAAAUUACAAAGAAAAUGGCAAGAAGCUUGGCAUAGACUUCAUUUCUAAUGACAACUUAAAUGAGUUAACAGGUUCUACUGACUUUGGAAAUGUUAGCUAUGUGGUCCCUGGAAUUCACUCCUAUUUUUACAUUGGUUCUGAUGCAUUAAACCAUACUGAGCAGUAUACAAAAGCUGCAGGAUCAGAAGAAGCUCAGUUCUACGCCUUGAGAGCAGCUAAAGCUUUAGCUAUGACUGCCUUGGAUGUUAUUUUCAAGCCAGAUGUCUUGGAAAAAGUUAGAGAAGAUUUCAGACUAACGAAACUGAAAGAAGAAAGUCAUUUGAAUGUUCCUGGAAAUGCAAAAGGACCAGAUAAUGGUAUUGGAGGAGAAUGUGCAUCACAUUGAAGUAAUAUAGCAUAUUACAACGUUAAAAAAACUAUGGAAGGUCCAGGACUGAGCUAAUUCUAGGGAAUAUUUUUAAUAAUUGGAAAGAUAUUGAAACCAUGUAUUUUUUCCCAAUAGUAUUUUUGUCUAAAAUUAUGUCAUUUGUCUUAAUUUCAGACAAAACUACAUGAUGCAAUUCUGAUUGAACGUAAGAUGAAUCUUAGACUUUUGAACUGUUGCAAGUGCUAGUAUGAUUUUUUUUAAGGUUAUUUCUGUACCCAUUGUUCUAAUAUCAGAGGGAGCCAUGCUUAGUAUAUAUGGAGAGCUAGUUUGGUGUAGUGGUUAAGGUGCUGGCCUAGAAAGCAAGAGGUUGUGAGUUCUAGUCCCACCUUAAGCACGAAAAUCGGCUGGGUGACUUUGGGCCAGUCACUCACUCUCAGCCCAACUCACCUCACAAAGUUGUUGUGGGGAAAAUAAGAGGAAGAAGCAGUACAUGGUAUAUUCUGUGCCUUGCCUUCUAAAAAAAUUAAGUCAAGAUAAAAAAAUCUAACGAAUAAAAAUAAACAAAAUCAUCAGGAAAGUUAAUAUAUUUUAUUAAGUUACAUGUAAUUGAAUUAUGAUUUUUGCAAAGGGGAUACCAAAGGUUAGGCAUUGUUUGAAGGAUGUGCCUGGGUUUUCAAUAUUAGAAAUAACUAAAUAAACAUAAAUGGAGCUUAGUUUUCAAAAUGCAACAUUUUUCAUUAUCUCUCAACUUUCCUGGAAGGCUAGUUUUAAUCACUUGAUAUUUCAUGCCUGAAAUGCAUUCCUAUACUCUUGUUCUGCACAAUUUUUGAAUCAAGCAUCUCUCUUAGUCGAAUGUAUACUACCGGUAUUUAUUCAAAUAAUAGGAUUGUUCAAUGCUUCAGAUUCAAUUCUAUAAUGCUGUUUUAAAGUGGAUAGUAAUGUGAAAGUAGCCUCAAAGGUCAGCUGUAUGGACCCAGGAAAUGAUCUUACUAUUUUAAAGAGUUGUGUACAGGUGAUACAUUCGCAUAUUUGCAUGUUCAAAAAGUGCCUUUUUGGAAUCAUAUGCAAAGAACUACACAGUGUAGUGCAGAAGUAACCAGGCAUAGCAAUUAAACUGAAAUCCAGGGAAAAAAUAUUAUGAAAGUAUCUAAUUAAACGAGAAUGGGUGAUUCUCUAUUAUAGAUAAAGGCACAGUAUAAAGUAGUAUUUUUGGGUUUUUGUUUACCUUGCUUUAGAAAAUAUUUUAAAAAAACACACACGCACGUUUCCUCUAUUGCAUUUGCUUAAUUGUCCAUGUAAGCACUAGAAGAAUUGUAUUUUGAAAAUUAAUUAUUUCAAAAUUUAUGUUAUGGAUGCAGUACAAAGUAAAUUAGUAGACCGCAUAAUUGAUUAUGACUCUGUUCCUUUGUGUGGAAAAUAGCACUUCCUUCUUCAUGCAAAGAAACAGAGUUUGGGAUUACUCCAGUUUAAAGAUCUAGGUUUUUUUCCCCUAUUUUAAGAAUACUUUGAGCCCUUUCAGAAUCAUUUUAUAUGGUUAUCAAAUAGUUCCUCUCCUUCAGAGGAUCAUAAUCAGUCCUCUGAAAUAUGUUGCCUGAGAGCAAAGUGAUAAUCUGAAAUACAGUAGCAGCCAUCUUGAAAUAUUAAUUCACCAAGUAGCUAAUACUAUGGAUUUGGCCUCUAAAGUAUUUGGAAUAAUGCUACAUUUUUGUAUUGUUGGUGACAAGCAAAUAAACAGGUGAGAAGUGAAUAGCCAAGAGUAAAGAAAAUGUUGGCAUUUCUUCUUGCAAGGGGGAUAUCCUAUGAAAGAGUACUACAAAUGAUUAAAACUUGUUUUAAAAGCAUGUUUUCUAAAUUAACAUUUAUUGUAAAAGAGCACUUAUUAUAAAAUUCUGUUUUUUAAAAAAAGUAUCAAGCAUUGAUUCUUUAUUCUAAGGGAUAGUUUUUUCGGAAUGUAAAGUAAUACAAAAUCUUGCCCUUAUUGGCAAAAUUUUCAGAUAGUUGAUUAGUAUUUUUCUUCCAUGUUACAAAUUGGUUAAUUCUUCCCAUAUUAUAUCAACACUAUCUAGAGCUGUUCAGAGUGUUCUAGAAUCUAGAAUACUAUAUUGCCAAACUGCUCCAUUAAUUAGAUUACAAGCAUCAGUUGGAAAGUGGUCAUGUGGUCAUUUGUUUGUUUUAUAUUGAUACUGUCAGUCAGCCUUUGUAUUUGGUAUUCUGUAAUAUUUAUAAUAAGAACCAGUAGUGUUAAAGCAUCAGGCUAAAAACUGGGAGUUUUACCUCCACCUUGGGUAUAAAGCCAGCUGGGUGACCUUAAUCCAGUCACUUUUUCUUAGCCCUAGGAAAGAUGAAAUGGCAAACCAUUUCUAAACAACCUUGUCAGGAAAACUGUAGGAAUUUGUCCAGUCACCAAAAAUCAGAUAUUGAAUGGAAGGAAGAAAAACUACAAUAGUAUCAGUUCAAGCCUUACAAUGCAAUUCUGUGAAUACCUACUCAGAAGGAAAUCUUAUUCAUAGAUUUUAUAUCUAUCUAAAUAUCUAUCUAAAUAUUUAUAUAGAUAUAUAGUAUACAUACAUACUUUCACACUGCACCUACGUAUCUAAGCAAUUUUCUCCAUAAUAAAUAUCAAGUGCUUACUAUAUUUACUUUUCAACUGAUCCAGUAUAUUUCUUUUUAACAUCUUUGCAACUUACAAUAAAUGUAUUACACUCUUUUGAAUUAAUAUUCUAAAUAUUCAACAACUGUAAUUUAUAUGGAUUUCUGAUUGAAGCAAUAUGCCUACUUUCCUAGAUGUACAUAUUCAUAUGCAAUUGAGGAAGAGACAGUUGCUAAAAAACAAACUAUUUGAGAGUUUUGCAUGUUGAACUGUAAAUUGCAUGUUAGAAGAUUUUACACCUAAAUAAUAAUAAUGUAAUGUUUGUUGCCAGACCAGAUUAUGGUAUUAUUUAAAAUGAGCUGCCUUUUUUUAAUUUUUCUGCUAUGCUUGACAUGCUGGAAUUUCUUUUUAUCUUCUACAGCUGUUCUUGGAAGAGAAACCAUAAAUUAUUUGUACAACUGUGACAUUGUGAUACUGUGUAUAAAUGUAUUAAAGUUACACUUCAUAUUG